AAAACGGAUGCAUGUUUUCAGUUUUGAUCUUGUGCUGUCCCUCAGCGUGGAACAACAACAAAACCCAUAGGGGCUAUGGGUCUGUAAAUUAUAGUAAAUGAGGAUUGGUCGUUUAAGGCGGUCUUGUUAUCAUUUAUAAGACUCCGGUGAAUGUCAUUUCAUCACUAGCGCGGUGCACUACAGCUGGGCCAGCACUGUCUCCAGGUGUCGAUUUGACGGCAGUGAUGGCGAUAAAUAAGACCUAUAUAAGCGUGGGCUACGCUUGUGUUGGGGUGUUGGUGGGACUUUCAUCUUUUCUAGUGUGGAAUAUCGUUUACAAACAGCCGUGGACAGCCGCGAUGGGUGGAUUAUCAGGUGUUUUGGCACUAUGGGCUCUGGUCACACACAUAAUGUACCUUCAGGACUACUGGAGAACAUGGCUGAAGGGGCUGAAGUUCUUCAUGUUCAUAGGCGUCUUUUUCUCCGUGCUGUCAAUCGUAGCAUUCAUCUCCUUUCUCUGUGUUGCCAUCUCCCACAAAGAAUCCUUGACAGAUCCUGCCAGUUUCUUCCUGUCGUGUGUGUGGAGCUUCAUGAGUUUUAAGUGGGCAUUCCUGCUGGCCCUCUAUUCUCAUCGAUAUCGCAAAGAAUUUGCUGACAUCUCCAUCCUCAGUGACUUUUAAAUGUACACCCACAAUAGCACACUCAUGCCCACAGACAAACAAGUGUACAUGCUUAAAAAAAGACUUGGCUAUUACAUUGUUAAACAGAUAAAGAGCACUUGAUAAGGAGUCAGGAAGCUUUAGUCUGUUUAGGAACUGAAGACAUUAGUUAAUUGCCUUUCUCUCUCCCUUCUCUUGUCUGUCUACGGGAAUGUCAGGUGGCGUUAAGAUUAGAAUUGCAGUCUAUUGUGGGUGAUGUGUUUUAACACAUUAGACGUAAGAGACUGUCACCUCUUAAAGGUUUUCAUCACUGUUUUAAAUGUUGGACUUUUUUGAAAGUGUAUGAUCAAAUCAAUAAAUCUGAGCCUUUUUAUUGUGUCUAUACA